UACGUAAACAUUUUUUAGAUAAAAUGCAUUGUGAACGAUAUAAAUAUAAAUUACUUUAAUUCAAAUUCAAAAAGGACUAAUGAUAAUUUAUAUAUAGUAUUAUAAACUUAACGUUUAUUUAAAAGUUAUUCCACAUGUAGUGUACCACGUGCACGGUGGUACUAUUAAGCAUUGAACCGCUCUACUUGACAAAAUGAGUGAAAAAUUGAAAACGGCUAUUAGGAUGCAAAAAUAACUUUUAAAAAACUAAUUUUGAGAUUCUGCUUUGAUCCUCCCUGAAUCUAGAAUCCUCCUCCUCUUCUUGGCUUCAUUCUACCUCCAGACUGAUUCUAUCUCCAGUCGAGACGAAAACGUUCCAUCAUCGUACUUGACAACAUUGUAUAACAUGUCAAUCAGGGAAUGAGAAUACGUUCUCAAAAAUAUUUAUGAAUUAUUUAUUUUUAAGACGUGAGCUAUUUAAGAUCAACCAUCUACGGUACAUUUCUUGAUAAAUUACUAAUUUAUUACGUUUGCUAAUAAUUAAACUUAAAAUUUUCUGAACAGUUUAUUUCCUGGCUUUUGAAUUCCAAUUUUCUUCUUGUCAUAUCAUUUCUACCGGAUGAAGAAGAUUCAAGUGAUGAUUAAACUAACGAAGAAGAUUGAAGAUAUAUGUUUCGUAUAUGUAUAGACGAUUUAAAAUUUCGUGCACCUUAUGCAUAUAUCGAUAAGCAUAAAGUCAACUUCAUUUCAAAUAAUAGCGUGACUAUGGAAAAUGUAGGGAAUUUUUAUUUAACAGAGUGCGUUGUUUUGUAAUUAAUGAAAUAAUCAUUUAGUCCUCACCAAAUAAAAACUGAAAAUCAUCACGACGUAAUUGUGCUAUAAACAUGUAACAUUAAUUGUAUAUUAACUUCAGAGUUUUUAAAUAUUAUAUGAGGCAUUUGUAGUACUAGUGAACGUCUACAAUGUUUCUUGUUCUAGACAUUGAAUUCGUACGUCGUCAUCAAAGUUUGAUAUUACAAGGCAACGAAAAUGGCAGUGUAUUUGAAAAGUACUUUUCGUUUUUAUAGGGGGUAAUGAUGUUAAUAUAUAUACAAAAUAAACAUCUUGCUGAUAUUUUAUAAAAUGGUUAUAUUUGAAUAGUAAAAAGAAGUUGCAUGAUACUUAUGAAAUAUCGUAUAUUUGAAUAUACAAUAUAACCGGAAGAACUCAACAACGUAACUGAUCAGCCAUCAUUAUUUCUUCAUUGACCAAGUUUGAAUCUUGUAACGGUCGCAUAGGUACUUAGAUGGAUCCAGUUUACCUUUACUACACCUAUUCUAACCUUCUGUGUGUUUAUAUUUAUGAUCUCUGAUUGUGUUAAUUAAAUUGUAUCCUUUCUUAUAUCGGUUACGCUGAUGACAGGCUUACUCAGUUGGUAUUCACAAUAUCAGAUAAUAAAUAAGAACCAAUGAUGGAGGAUACAAAUGACUUACUAGUAUGUGCAUCUGAGUUCAUAAAAGACCGAUUAUAUUUUAUAACAUUGAGGACAAAGCCAAAGAGUACUCCAAACAUCCAUUAUUUCAGUAUCGAUGAUGAAUUAAUCUAUGAAAAUUUCUAUGAUGAUUUUGGUCCACUGAAUCUUGCUAUGUUAUAUCAUUAUUGUCAAAAGGUUAAUAAAAAACUUAAAGCAGUAACUCUUAGAAGAAAAAAGAUAGUACAUUAUACAACAAUGGAUCCAUCAAAAAGAGUCAAUGCUGCUUUUCUUAUAGGAAGUUAUGCAAUAUUGUAUUGUAAACGUACAGCAGAAGAAGCAUAUAAUUGCUUAAAUAGUAGUCCUGAAAAUCCAUCAUUUAUAAUGUUUCGGGAUGCUUCUGUUGGUACACCUUGGUUUGAAAUAUCUUUGAUUGAAUGUCUUAGUGCCAUAUAUAAGUGCCACAAACUUGGAUUUUUUAAUUUUCAAGAUUUUUGUGUUAAGGAAUAUGAAUAUUUUGAAAGAGUUGAAAAUGGAGAUUUAAAUUGGAUUGUUCCUGGUAAAUUUAUAGCAUUUUGUGGUCCUUAUGCUAAAUUUAAAAUAGAAAAUGGAUAUCCACUUCAUGCACCAGAAUCAUAUUUUACAUAUUUCCAUUACAAUAAUGUAACUACAAUUAUACGUCUUAAUAAAAAAAUUUAUGAUGCUUCAAUCUUCACAGAUGCAGGAUUUGAUCAUAAAGAUUUGUUUUUUAUUGAUGGUUCAACUCCAACAGAUUCAAUCAUGCGGCAAUUUCUUAAAAUAGCAGAGAAUGCAAGUGGUGCUGUUGCUGUACACUGUAGAGCAGGACUUGGUAGAACAGGUUCAUUGAUUGGUUGUUACAUUAUGAAACAUUAUCACUUAACAGCUCAUGAAACAAUUGCAUGGAUACGAAUAUGUAGACCAGGUUCUGUAAUUGGACAUCAACAGGAAUGGUUGGAAAAGAAAGAAGCAUAUCUUCAUUCUUUAUUAAAAGAGCCACUACAACCUCAAAAUGAAAAUCCAGUUCAUGAAUACGGUAUAUAUUCUAUAACUGGUAGACCGAAAACAUCAUUCUUAUCCAAUUUAAAAAGUGCUCAUGUGGUGCAAGAUAAUGUUUCGGGAAUAAUGCAUUGUGUGGAUGGAAUUACAUUAGAUGAUCAUGCAAGCACUAGCACAACUAAAUAUACAACCUUAACUCAGGGUGAUAAAUUAAAUCAAAUUAAAGCUAAAAGAAAACGAUUACCAACAAAUCAUACUUCUCUUAACACAACUACUAGACCAUCAACAGUAGUAAAUCCAUACUUAAGGUCAUUAUUACAAACAAGAACUCAGAAAAAUACAAUUAAUACAUUAACUGGAAAUAAAGAAAAAGAUUCUACAAAAAGACUUCUCCCUAGAUCUACUACGACAACUAUUGCUAAAAGAAACAGUUGGCUAGUCAGCAGUACAUGUGAACCAUCUCCGCCUCGUAUUAAGUCUACUAAACCAACAACAAGGCUCCACAAUAUCAGCAACAACACAUCUUCCACUACUCGUGUUACUACGAUGCCUGUAUCAAAACCAGUGACAAGGGCCAGUAUCAAAACUUCUUGUAUCACAGAAACACAAUCGACAAAUUCGUCCGCAAACAAUUUGAUAACACAACCGCAGCGAGGCAUGAAUAUGAUCCUCAGGUCUGCAGAUCGAGUAAAUCGCUAUCAUUCUCUAAGACAUGCGCGUACGACCAAAAGUUAUAAAACUGCAUUUAUCAGAUGACUAACCGAUAUUCUCAAUGGCAUUGGAGAAGACAGUCCGGUAGCUCAAGCACCUCGACAUCGCAGAAGAUCUCAUCGUUUAAAUUCAAUCAUUCAGUAAAAACAUCAUACUAAUCAUCAAUUUUCAAUUCAAACAAUUGUUUUUGUCGCGAUCAACGAAGAUCAAGUAGAUCUACAGCUGCUAUCAUAGUUUUUUCUAUGGUUCACUGGUAGGUUGUUUAGGUAUGGUUUCUUGUAGUUAUAUUUUAUGUUUAUAUUUGAAACGUUGGAUUAUAAGUUUCUCAUAAUCAUACAAUUUUUUCUCUUUGUGGCUUUUAAAGAUUCUUCCUUAUUUCGCGACACAUUGAACGAUAAAUAAAAUAAAAAUAUAAUAAUAUGAUUUUAUCAAAUUUGAUUUACUAUGUUAUCUUUCUGCUGGUCAGAAAAAAUAAUAUUAUGGAUAAAUAUCUUCAAAUAAUUAAAUUCGAAAAUUUCCACUUUGUCUACUUAUUACUCUUUUAAUAUAAAUUUAUGUAUUACUUGAUUUUAUUCAAACUUCGAUUUUAUUAAAAGAAUAGUAACUAUUGUCAAAAUGGUAAUUUCUCUCUUAUGUAGAAUUUUUGUAUUUAUUUUAAAUCAUGUUAUCAGCAUUUUUCAAUAUGUUAUCAAGAACUAGUAUACAGAAACUUGUAUAAAACGAUUGACAUUUAUCAUUAUUUCCUUUUUUUGAUAUUUUGAAUUAUUAUUAAUUAUUAAAUUUGAUUUUAAUGUUUAUUUAUGUGGCAAUUAUUUUUACGAACUAUAAGUUUUAUUACAUUCAAUAAGAAAAAUAAUGAAAUGAAUAGAAACUUAAAAUCCCAAUAUGUGCAUUCUUACUUAUAACUAUGUAAUUAACAUAAUUUAUUUAUCUUAAUGUAAAAGGUAAAGUCACCCAUACAUAAUUCUUGAAUUAUAAAAGAAUAUUAUGUAUACUAAAUAGAUUUUUAAACUUUAAAUUAAAACAACAUUUUGUGAUGAUCAUAAAUUUUGUAACUAGAUAGAUUGUAGAAACUUGUUAUUGUGCUAAUCAUAUUACUGUUCUAUAUAGUAUUCUUUAAUAAGAAAUUGCAAUCCUAAUGUAAGAGAGAUCAAUUUAUGUAUAGUACUUAUAUAAGUGCUACAUGACAUGAAGUUAUAUGAUCAGUAUAAUUAUACUAACGAUAUGUAACAAUUUUAACUGGGUCUUCAGGUUAUCUUAUUUUAUAUCUUUACCUUUUUAUAUUGUUUUUAACACAAAACGUGUAGAAAAUGUUAUUAAGCCCUGGUACACAUGAGUGUGUGACUCCGCUAUAUGAAACAAAGUUGUUGAGUUGCACAGCAUCACGUCAUUUAUUUCUACCCGUUUUCAAAGAUAUCAUUAAAGUUAUUUUGCAAUACAAACUUCUUGUCAUCAUAUCUUAUCAUGAAAAAAAACAGAUAGUUUAAACAAAUGAAAUAAAAUAUAUUGAAAAAACGAUUUGGUUUAUUAACAAUUUUAUUACAUUUGUUUAAUAUAAACCCAAUUAAAAAUAAUUCUAAACUUUCAUAUUUCUUCAAAUAAUCUGAGGAUACAGUUAUAUAUAUUAACUUUCAUUUUGUAGCCUUAUAUAGAGUGUAAAUAGAGGAUGUAAGCUUAAUAUUCGAAAUGCUGUUAAAUAUAAAAAUAAGGUGAUAAAUUGUUGCUGUUAUAAGUGUUUAUAUAUUUUCACGCUUUGUUUUUUCUAGAUAAAAAUCACUGCUUUUGGAUGUUCUUAAUUAUAACAGUAUUUACAAAACAAAACAUCUAACUUGAUCAAUAUUUUUCGUGACUUUUAUACUUCUUCAUAGUCUACUAUUUUUAUUUAAACUGCUUUACUAAAUGCUAUCUGUAUUCUUUGCCACAUAAUGUUACUCUACAUUUGAAAAUCUCAAUUUGAUAAGAGUAUAUUUUGAAAAAUAUGCUUAAUAAUACUAUAAAAAUAUUAUUGUAUCCCUAAGUUUUUAAAUAUGUAAAAAGAAUUGCGUGAACUUUAUCAUUGCGUCGAUAAUAGAAUAAUAACUGAAAUAUACUCGUGUAAAUGUGUUCGUGUAUGAUUCUGCACGAUACAUAGUACGAUUUAUAUAGAAUUAUUGUUUUAUUCCUUUUAUUAAUAGAAUAUGUAUACAAGUUAGUAAAUAUGUCAGUACUAAUAUGUAAUACGUCGAAAAUAUGAAGGGUUUAAUUACAGAUAUCUUUUAGAAAAAUAUAAUUGUAUACAUAAUUUAUAAUAUGUAUAUAUACGUAUAAUGUGUAUAUACAAACAAAUUUGAUGAAUAUUUUAAUAAAUUAACGCACUUCUUGAAAAAAUAUUAUUGAUAUACAUAUAAUGGAAAGAUAUUUUAUUAAUGUAAAAUAACAUAUUGUAUGUUAUUAAUAUUUAAGGCUAAAAAGAAAUUACAUUUUUGUUAAUUAAAAAGUUAUUGAAUAGAUCACAAACAUCAUUACCUAGAAAAAAGAAAUUGAUUUAUUAAUAAAAAUUAUAAAUAUCUCUCAUGUACAAAAUUUUCGUGUAUAAUUUUGCAGUUGUAAAUUAUAUAGUUGAAUAUAGAAUUAUGUAUAUAUCAUGAUCAGCUAAUAUUAAAAACAUAAAAUAUGCUCUCACUGCAGUAUAUUAGAGAAACUUUACGUGUACAAGAGUUAGUAUUCUAUUUCAAUUGAUUAUCAUUUGGUUUAUAAAUAAUGUUCUGCUAGUAUGUAGUGUGUUAUAUGAGAAAGAGAAAUGAAGAAAAGGGGAAAUAGGUAUGUAUGAACAUAUAAUUUCAAUUUUUGCCUUAAAUACGCAAUUCGAUAUUGGAUACAAAAUUUUUCAUAUAUUUUAUUAAAAACUAGGAUACAAGUAAUUCUAAAACAUUUUUUCCUUUAGUGUUUCUAAUUUAAAUGCAAUAUACAGCACAUUAUGUCAUAAUAUUACAAACAUAAUGUUCUUUAUUGUAUGAUUCAUUGUGAGCAAUAAAAAUUAAAAUACGA